GGUGAAAACUCUAUAAUAUGCAGGACAGGUGGCAUUCCAGGAGCAGGGAUGGAAACCUAUGUGACAGGGACCAAAAAGUUUUCUUUUUUUCUGAGUGUACAUAGAUGUUCAGCGGUGGGGAAAAUAAGUGUCCUGGGUCACACAGCAUCCCAGCUCUCACUGAUAACUCCUGCAUCACUUGUCAUUUGGAUAAAGCAACAGACCACGAACACGGUCGAGGAACCCCUGGAUCUCAUUCGGUUGAGUCUGGAUGAGCGGAUUUAUGUGAAAAUGCGGAAUGACAGGGAGCUUCGUGGAAGACUACACGCUUAUGACCAACAUUUGAACAUGAUCCUUGGGGAUGUGGAGGAGACAGUGACAACAGUGGAGAUUGAUGAGGAGACGUAUGAAGAAAUUUACAAGUCGACGAAGAGGAACAUUCCCAUGCUGUUUGUCCGUGGAGAUGGAGUCGUGCUAGUCGCUCCACCGCUGAGAGUCGGCUAAGCUCUGAAUGAAAGACACUUUGGACUGUAAAUUGUUAUGAAUAUUGGCUUUUUUGUUUGGUUUAACCACAGAUUUGUAAAGUUUUUGUAUCUUUAGUUGAAAAGUGUCACAGACGUUAAUAUCUGUGUUACAUGGUUAUUAGAUUGCAUCUUUCAGUUAGCCACUUGAAGCUAUUAUGGAUACUCCUCCAUACGUGCUUCAAUUUAAUUCACAAUAAAACACUGAUUUCUUUCACUAAUAA